AUGAGGAUACCGGCUUCCUCCUCCCUUUGCCCCGUUUUGGUGUGUCUCUGCUUUAUCCAGAGGUGCUGCGGGGCCAGCCAUCAUGUCGCGGCUAAAGUCCCGACCGCUAAGAACCAAACCAAACUGCCCAACGAUGAGAAGGAGGUGCACCAUAGACCCAAACGAGGCUGGAUCUGGAACCAGUUCUUUGUUUUAGAAGAACACAUGGGGCCAGACGCACAGUAUGUUGGAAAGCUUCACUCCAACUCGGAUAAGGGCGAUGGGUCUGUCAGGUACAUUCUGAGCGGAGAAGGAGCCGGGACUAUUUUUAUCAUCGACGAGGUGACUGGAGAUAUUCACGCCACCAAGAGUCUGGAUCGAGAGCGGAAAUCGCACUACGUCCUGCACGCGCAAGCCCUGGACCGCAACACGGAGGACGCCCUCGAACCCAAGUCGGAAUUCAUCAUCAAAGUUCAGGAUAUCAAUGACAACGCUCCCAAAUUCCCAGACGGGCCCUUCGUAGCAGACGUGCCGGAGAUGUCGGAAGUGGGUACGUCGGUGUUGCAGGUCACGGCGACUGACGCGGACGACCCCACCUACGGGAACAGCGCCAAAGUGGUGUACAGCAUCCUCCAGGGGCAGCCGUACUUCUCCGUCGACCCCAAAACAGGAAUCAUCAGGACGGCGUUGGCGAACAUGGACCGCGAGGCUCGGGAGCACUACAGCGUGGUGAUCCAGGCCAAAGACAUGGCGGGCCAGGUCGGAGGUCUCUCUGGGUCCACCACCGUCAACAUCACGCUCACCGACGUCAACGACAACCCGCCCAAGUUCCCCCAAAAAAACUACGAGCUGUACGUGGUGGAGUCGGCGCAGGUGGGAAAACCGGUGGGAAAAAUCAAAGCCAACGACGAGGACAUCGGGAUCAACGCGGACAUUAAAUACAGCAUCAUCAACUCGGAGGGCGCCAACACCUUCUCCAUCUCCACAGACAGGGACACGCGCGAGGGCAUCAUCAGCCUCAAGAAGCCUCUGGACUACGAGAGGAAGAAGACGUACACUCUGCACAUCGAGGGCACAAACACUCACGUGGAUCCCAGGUUUUCUUAUUUGGGCGCGUUCAAAGACACCGCGACUUUGAAGAUCUCCGUGGGCGACGUGGACGAGGCGCCGGUCUUUUCUAUGGAUUAUUAUAUCAUGGAUGUUUACGAGAAUUCUCCCAGCGGCACCGAAGUGGGCACGGUGACAGCUCGCGAUCCAGACAGCAACAACAGCCCUGUUAGGUAUUUCAUGGAGGAGAGCGAGGAGGAGCAGUUGUUCAGCAUAAACGAGAGCAGCGGGGUUAUCAGGACCACGCGCCCUCUGGACCGCGAGGACAGGCCCUGGCUCAACGUCACCGUGAUGGCGGCGGAGGUUGGGAACCCGAGCCUGGUGAGCAGCGUGGUGGUGACGGUUCAGGUUCUGGACGUGAACGACAACCCUCCAGAGGUGCCCUCAGACGAAGAGGUCAUCGUGUGUGAGAGCUCCAGACCCGGACAGGUGAUCCAGACGGUGACGGCGGUGGAUAAGGACGACUUUGCCAACGGACAGAGGUUUUCCUUCGCUCUUCCAGAACAUUCCGCCGCUAAUCCCAACUUCACCCUCAAGGACAACCAAGACAGCUCCGCCAGCAUCAUCGCCAGACGCCGACGCUUCAACCACCUGACGCAGGAGCUGUACGAGCUGCCCAUCGUGGUGUGGGACGGCGGGGAGCCCUCCCUGACCGGGACCAGCACCCUGACCCUGCGCGUGUGCCCCUGUCAGAGGCACGGCAGGACCAGAGUGUGCCAGAGCCAGGCCUUCCUCACCUCGGCGGGACUCAGCACCGGGGCUCUCAUCGCCAUCCUCCUCUGCAUCGUCAUCCUGCUGGCCAUCGUGGUCCUCUUCAUCACUCUGAGACGGAGUAAGAAAGAACCUCUGAUCAUCUCCGAGGAGGACAUCCGAGAAAACGUGGUGACCUACGACGACGAGGGCGGCGGCGAGGAGGACACGGAAGCCUUCGACAUCAUCGCCCUUCGCAACCCGGCCGCCGCGGAGGAACUCAAAUUCAGGAGAGACGUACGGCCAGACGCCAGACCGCAAAGCACUGCUCCGGCACGCCACAGCUCCGCCAGCCCCUCCGUGGACCAGGAAGACGUCCACGAAUUUAUCCGACACAAACUCGUGGAGGCGGACUUGGAUACGAGCGGUCCGCCGUACGAUUCGCUCCAAACUUACGCUUUCGAAGGUCAAGGAUCUCCGGCAGGUACGAUAAGUCCGCUAGACUCUUUCGGAACGCAGUCGGAACAGGAUUACAAUUACCUGGACGACUGGGGGCCUGAGUUUCAGAAAUUGGCGGAAAUCUACGGAGACGCAGACUCAGAUGUGACGACCUCAAACUAA